AGCAAGCGCCAUUGUGAAUUUUGAGUGUCAUUUGCCUUUGGUUCUUUUCCCGUUGGUUGAAACGGUGGUUGUCGUACCUUGAACUAUUUGAUCGGUGGUCUGGCAUCCUCUGCAGGAACUCCUGAAGCGACAAGCAAAUAAUUUGGCCCUAAAUGACCGGAGAAACGUGCAGUUUCAGGACCAUUUCCACAAAUCAUUUUACGGCGUAAGGUGGCUUGAAAGCAACUCUCCAUGUUGAAUAUAAGCUGACGACGGAGAUGUAAUGGUCCGGUGAUCCUUCGGGUUCAUCUACAUCAGAAAUUUUACAAUCAUGAGCGGCAGACCUAGAACGACGUCGCUUGCCGAAUCUAAGUCACAUCCGCCUAAUUUUGGAGGAGUAAAAAUAAGUCGCGAUAAAGAUGGAAGCAAAGUCACAACAGUCGUAGCAACAACAGGUUCAUUGCCUGAUCGGACGCAAGAGAUCAGUUAUACUGACACGAAAGUUAUUGGGAAUGGCUCUUUUGGAGUUGUGUAUCAAGCCAGGAUGUGCGAUUCCACCGAGCUUGUGGCGAUAAAGAAAGUAUUACAAGACAAACGAUUUAAGAAUCGCGAGUUGCAAAUAAUGAGAAAAUUAGACCACUGCAAUAUCGUCAGAUUACGAUGGUUCUUUUAUUCCAGUGGAGAGAAGAAAGAAGAAAUCUAUUUAAAUUUGGUUCUUGAUUUUGUUCCGGAAACUGUUUAUAGAGUAGCUAGGCACUACAGUAAAGCAAAGCAAACCAUUCCCAUAUUGUAUAUCAAGCUCUACAUGUAUCAGAUGUUUCGUUCCCUGGCUUAUAUCCACUCCGUUGGUAUAUGCCAUCGUGACAUCAAACCACAGAAUUUACUUCUUGAUCCAGAAACUGCUGUGCUGAAGUUGUGUGAUUUUGGCAGUGCCAAGGUGUUAGUGAAAGGAGAGCCAAAUGUUUCCUACAUAUGUUCAAGAUAUUAUCGUGCACCGGAACUCAUAUUUGGCGCCACUGACUACACACCCGAUAUUGAUGUCUGGUCCGCUGGCUGUGUAUUGGCAGAACUUCUUCUUGGACAGCCCAUCUUUCCAGGUGCCAGUGGUGUGGAUCAGCUUGUCGAAAUAAUUAAAGUCUUAGGUACUCCAACUAGGGAACAAAUCAAGGAAAUGAACCCACACUACACAGAGUUUAAAUUUCCACAAAUUAAGCCUCAUCCUUGGAGCAAGGUGUUCAGACCCAAGACUCCACCAGAAGCAAUUAACCUGUGUAGUAGAUUACUGGAGUACACACCGUCAACAAGGCUUAUACCUGUGGAAUCUUGUGCACACUGUUUCUUUGAUGAACUCCGUGAUCCUAAUACAAAACUUCCAAAUGGACGUGAUCUACCCCCACUUUUUAAUUUCACACCACAAGAACUCUCAGUCAAACCUUCACUAAAUUCAACCCUCAUUCCCCCUCAUGUGCAGAGGAAUUCUGGAGGGGCUGGUACUAGUGGCUCAGGAACCUCAACAAGUACGGGCCCUGCAGUUGUUGAUGGAGCUGUGGCUUCAGUUUCCACACCUGGCUCCUGAAUGAGAACUGUUAAUAAUAAUAUUAAUAUAAGUUUCUGUCCAUAGGGCCUGCACUGGAGUUGAUCCUUGUAAAAAGAGCACAAAAUUGUUUUUGUUUUUUGUAAAUAGAGUCGAAAUCAAGUUGACAAUGCAGAUGUUUUGUGUGUAUUUAGAGAGUGCACGAGGUUUUCCAUUCUGUUUAAAGUCUUAACUUUUACUUUCUGAAACCCUUGUGCAAAUAAAUCAUGCCUAAUCAACUUGUGUAGGUUAGAUCAAGUACAGUAUUUAAAGGUGUUUGCAAGUAAAGCCAGUGAUACAAAUUAAAAAAAAAAGAACUUACGUACAGUUUCAAUAUGCUAUUUAUUUCACAAGGAAUUUUAGGUAUCCUUUCUUACAUUUUUUGGGUUCUUUUUAUCUGGGGCUGGCUUUGUUUGUAUACUCCAUUAAAGUUUGUGCUCUGUUUUUAGGAAUUAAAGAAGGUGCUGUUUUAUUUUGCAAUGUAUAUGAAUUCUUCCGAGACAACAGAUUUUUAAGCACACCACACUGCAAAAUGUGCAUUUCAACAAUGUUAAUACACUUUUGUACUAAAAUAGCGAGGCUCCGUACAUUAGUAAGAAACAGUAAUCAGUUAUUGGGGAAUUAAAAUUUGAACAAAUCCUGUAAAACAUCAGUAUGGUACUGGAUACUGUAUUUACACUGACAGUACCAAAUAUUUAAAUAAUGUAAAAUAAGUUUCUUCAUUCCUUAUGCCAAAGGCCAUUUCCCCACAUGGCUGUAGAAAGAGUUCCAUUUGUCAUUUGAGUCUGUAUAAAAUUUUAUGGGCUUGUAAAUUUAAGCAAUUUUAUGUUUUUCUUCUUUUAUGUGUAAAAUUUAUAAACUAAUCUUGUACACAUUCUUGUGAGUAUUCUGCCAAGAUAAAAUAUGAAAGUAUUGCAGCUGUCAA